AUGGCAGCGCCGGGAACUCAAUCCUUAAAGGUCAGAUUUAUUAUAUCUCUGGGAAAUAUUGAUCUCAUGUGUGUUGUGACAGGAGAUGGAGCUGUUGGCAAGGUAUUUCUCCAGUUCGACAACUAUUCGGCCAGUGUGAUGGUUGAUGGGAAGCCAAUAAGCCUUGGUUUGUGGGAUACUGCUGGACAAGAGGAUUACGACAGACUGCGCCCACUUUCCUAUCCACAAACAGAUGUAUUUUUGAUUUGCUUUUCCAUUGUCAGCCCUCCAUCUUUCGACAACGUCAGAGCAAAGUGGUUUCCCGAAAUAUCCCAUCAUGCGCCCGGUGUUCCAAUCAUUCUUGUCGGAACAAAGUUGGAUCUUCGAGAUGAUGAGCCUACGAAAGAAUCUCUUCGAUCCAAACGAAUGGAGCCUGUAACCUAUGAUCAGGCAAGAGUUGUUGCUAAAGAGAUCCGAGCACACAAAUACUUAGAAUGUUCUGCCCUCACACAAAGAAACCUGAAGAGUGUGUUUGAUGAAGCAAUCCGUGCCGUUCUAAGUCCGCAACAACAAGCACCGAAACCAAAGAAGUCCAAGUGCAUAGUUCUAUGA